AUGUUUGAUAUUUCAGUGUGUAAUAUAAGUAAUGUUAUGUUUGAUAUUUCAGUGUGUAAUAAAAGUAAUGUUAUGUUUGAUAUUUCAGUGUGUAAUAAAAGUAGUGUUAUGUUUGAUAUUUCAGUGUGUAAUAUAAGUAAUGUUAUGUUUGAUAUUUCAGUGUGUAAUAAAAGUAGUGUUAUGUUUGAUAUUUCAGUGUGUAAUAAAAGUAAUGUUAUGUUUGAUAUUUCAGUGUGUAAUAAAAGUAGUGUUAUGUUUGAUAUUUCAGUGUGUAAUAUAAGUAAUGUUAUGUUUGAUAUUUCAGUGUGUAAUAAGAGUAAUGUUAUGUUUCAUAUUUCAGUCUGU